CUUUUUUGCUCUUCUUUUUUAAAUCUUUUUUAUACCUCUCAGCAUCGCAUCAGGCGGGGCUGGCCGCCCGUCUCAUUCCGCAAGCACUGCAGUGGCGGCCACCUGCGAUUAGGAAGCAUUCGGACUUGCGAGGAUUUAGACGGCACCAUCACCAUGAUCAUCAACCAUAUGUACAGCCCCGCGACACGCCCAGAGUGGCAUUUCGUCGCAGAGGUUCCCUUUCACCUGGAACAUUGUUCUUGGAAAUAUUUGCGACCAAUCUUGGCAUUGGCGACUCUGGGCAUACUUUGCAUACGCCUCUUCCUGGCCAGUAACCAUCAGGCCCGAGGAAGGGGAAGAAAAUGGCGAAGACGAGACACCCAAGAGGCGAUUUUAUAUCUCUUCACUUCUUUGUUGGUUGUUUACUUUUCUUUGGGAAUGACUGACCCUCUUUCGAUCGUUACGACUUUGAUGAUGACGCAUGGAUUUGAUAUCUGGGUGUUUUUCUUUUCCUUUGUUCUUUUUUUUUUAUUUCUUCGAAGAAGAGCGGGAGAAGCGAUUGGUGAAUGGAUUGGCUCUGCCGGUUGUGGUGGUGAAGAUGAUCCCACUCUCGGCUGAGCGUGGAGCAAGGGAUGGAGAUGCCUGCCACGUCGCU